AUGGAAGGAAAUCUUAAGUCAAUCAGAGUUUAAUUUGAGGCAAAUAAAUUCAAACAGGUCAUUACCUAGCCAGAUCAGACUAUUGGAGAACUCAAAUCUCUUCUCUUAGCUAGGUUGUCUGAAUUAAUUAAGGGUUAAACUUUUGAUGCUCAAAGUUUUUUGUUAGCGGAUGAGGACGAGUUUGCUUUUUCAGAUUCUGACAUAGUUUCUUCGCUCAUAAAUUAAAAUGACCUAGUUAAGAUCAUUGUAAAUCAAACAGUUUUACAGUAAUAGUAAGAGUAAAACAAUUAAAAUGCAUAGAAUAUCUAAAAAUAAACAGAUACAACAAACUAAGAUCAAGUGAAUCAAGAGUAGCAAGGUCAAUUAAAUUAGGUUGAGUUAUAAUACAAGGAAGAAGAUCCAGCUGAGGCUAUUGUAGUUAUUUAUGAUGUCUCUGGGUCUAUGAAAUCUGGGUUCUUUAAUGACCCUUUGAUUUCGAGAAUUGGUGCUGUAAAUGCAUUUUUUUCAGCAUUCGCUGAUAAAACUUUAGCCUACGAAUAUAAUCAUAUUGUUCAGCUAUAUUGGUUCGAUGAUAGGAUUGAAAAGAAAUGCGAUUUUACUAAAGAUAUGAAUCAUUUUAUCAAACUUGUCGAUGAUGCUAAUCCAAGAGGAUCUACUCGUUUAUAUGAUGCCCUAAUGGAGGGUAUUAACAGUCUUCUACUAAUAAAAAAGAAAUAUCCAAACAUUAUUCUGAGACUGAUUGCAAUGACUGAUGGAGAAGACAACUAAUCUAAAUACAAGCCAGAAGAAGUUGCUAAAUAGAUCGUUAUGAAUAGGAUUACUCUCGACUCCUUUGUUGUCUCUAAGGAGAGUUUUGGACUUAAAACAAUCACUCAUGCAAGCGGUGGUCGCUGCUAUUGUCCUUAAGAUCUCGCCGUUGGAAUGAAAUUAUUUGAAAUUGAAACUAUAUUAUCAGUAAGAGCAAGAGAUUUACCUAAUAGUAAUAAUUUGCCUUUACAAAAUGUAGAAAUCAAUUUAGAUAUCCUUCGUGACAAACCCUUUGACACAGAAGGAAUCUAAGUAACUCAUCAAGCAUAAAUCAGCAAAUAAGCUGGCGAUGUCUCAGACAUUAUUAAGAAGUAUUAAAAAGUUAUUUCCCAACCUCCUUAGAACAAUUAAUAGCAACCAUAAUCAUCAUCAGCAUCAACUACAGCACAAUAGAAUUAAAUAAGCCAUAGCAGCGGUUGCAUGAAAAGGCUAAUAAGAGAACUAGAGUUUUUCCCUUAGUAGCCAGAAACCUAUAAAGUAAAAGUCUUUCCCGAAUAAGAUGAUAUUACAAACUGGAAGGUAUUAAUGAUUGGUCCAGAAGGCUCUAGCUACCAUUAAGGUGUUUAUAUGCUCUAUAUCAACUUUCCUUAAUCCUAUCCUUUUAAACCUCCUUCUGUAAAAUUUAUUACUCCCAUAUAUCAUUGCAAUGUCAAUUCUCAAGGUAGAAUUUGCAUUGAUAUUCUUAAAGACAAUUGGUCACCAGCUUUAACUAUGGCUGCAGUUUUUAACUCAAUAAGCGAAUUGAUGCUUCAUCCAAACCCAAUAGAUGCCUUAGAGAGCAAUAUAGCAGCAGAAAUGAACCAUGAGUACGAUCUUUACAAGUAGAAGUGUCUUUAGCAUGUAGCAAAUAAUGCUAAUAAACCUAUGGAGCUAUUAAUGGAGGAAAUCUUUGGUAAACAAGUUGACACUAGCUCAGAAGUUUAUAUCAAAACAAAAGUUUAGUUAACAAACUGGAUAUAAAAUAAUAAAUUACCAUGCUAAAAAGAGCAAAACCACUGA